AUGGUCAAGUCCAAGCAGCUGCUAAUCCAUCUUCACGCUGCCCCAUACUACGAGACAUUUGCGCGGCACAGCCGUUCAUUGGCAGUGAAACAGGUGUGGGAGAGGUCAAGAAGUCGAGGAGCAAUGCCUCCAGUUUCGGGACUCUUCACGGACUCCAUGAUGGCACAGGUGGCUGCCCGCCGCGCAGUGGUGCUCGCCGACCACGGCUCAAUCCUGCUUCAGGUGACCGGCUUCUGUGAACGCCGAAACGUACGCACCUUUGUGGUGGCCAGCCAGCCACUCGAGAGUUCUCCGUUUGGCUACGUCUUCUCUCGCAGCAUCGAUGAGCGCUUCUUUCGGAAGCUGUUCGACAAGUACCGGCGGGUCAUGGAGACGGGUCUGAUGCCCAAGUGGCUGGCUGAUAGCAAGGGAAACUGGCAGCGCUGUAUCCAGACACGGAAUAUUGCUGUGGACAGCAUUAGCUUGGAUGACACUGUGCCAUUUUUCCUCCUCUGGGGCAUCAUGUGCGCCAUGGCUUUCUGCGCUUUGCUUGGAGAGCUUAUUUGCUCAAGACUGCUGCAAGGUCAUCACGCCAAGAGACGAUGAUCUAGCCCAAGAUGAUGCUCGACAUUGUAUAGACAACGAAGCUUUCACUUACAUACGAACCACCAUGAGCACUCGUACUUUAACGCGCACUUAUCUAGAAGCACAUUGCGAGAACACUUGCCCGAGUGAAAAACGCUUCGUUUUACAAUGAUUAAACAAACAGACAUGUCUGAUGUAUCGACAAUGUUAGCCUUGGUAUUCAUUGAACAUGUGGAAGUGUACGUAGCUGUUAGCGACAUUUAAAAAAAGUCACAGUUUCGCCGCAAGGGCGAAGCAAUGAAGGCGAUAGCAAAAAAAGCGGCCCGUGAUGGACGA